AUGGGUGCACUCAACGGCAGACGGUGGGGUUUCGUCCUCCAGCUAAAAAAGACGAGCACUCGCAGCUCAGAGGAUCAGUUGACUCUUGAACGUUCUACCGUGCACAACACAAGAAGAAAGCAAGGAAAACUUGAAAUUUGAAUCACAGAAAAUUCUUGAAAAACCUUUAAAAAAGAAAAUGAAACUCGCAGUUUUGGGUUCCCUUGCCGCUGUUGCUGCCACCACAGUCAUGGCCAACGACCAGCAAUAUCAACACGAAGAACACUACGAAGAAAUCCCAGAGGAUGAAGAUCCUUUCACCAGCAGAUCCCUUGCCAACAGUCCCGUUCCUCUUCCCGUCCUGGCCAUGUUGACCAUGAUGAACUUCUUCAACGCCCUCCAGGAGGACUGGUCUGAGGAGGAUGGUCGUGAUGGAGAUAUGGAUUCCAACAGCAAUCCCGGCCGAUUUUCCGGUGUUUGGAAGAGAAUGAAGGGAGUUCCAGGCGUAUUGUACGAGACUUCCUCAAUGAUGGCCCCACUGACUCUGCGCUACAUGCUCAGCGAGGACUCUGAUCAUCCCCACUGCCAACAGGUCAUGCUCUGCGAGUUGAAUGUCAAGGUUAAGCAACGCUUCGGCAAGCCCGGAGAGAUUGCCAUGCAGUUGGCCAGUUCAAUGGCCGGUUACGCCUUGGGCGGUAAGGACGCUCAGCGUUACGAUUCUUUGGUGGAUGCUGCCCGUAACGGACGCCGUGGAAAGGAAUGCCACGAGCUCUACCCCAAGUGCCCGGCCCGUAGCGAUGGCUCAGCUGUUCCGGCUCUCCUCAACUUGGCCAGUCGCCUCAUCAAGAACUAAAACAACCUGUCCUUAACAACAACAACAACAACAAUUUGAAUAUUUAUUUUAUAACCCAUCCCGGCUAUUUAUUAUCUCGGCAAAAUUCUUCGACAAAAUUAAUCAUUUGAUGAACAAAAAAAAAGAAACAUUUUUUCGGUGCAUCGGUUAUGGUGCACAAAAUAAGGACAUUAAGUGCAUGGGGGAGUAUGGCCGUCCAGGGUGUUUGGUUUAUAACUUUUUCUUUUUGUCAACUUUUAUAGAAUUCUUACUUAACAACAACAGCAGCCCAACACUCAAAUGACGGAUGUUAUUAUUGUUAACUUUGAUUCUCUUCCCACGGUACCCUAUGUACAUAUUUAAGUGGUAUGCGAUUUUAAUUUAUACUCGAUUUAUUGGAAUGUCGGCAACAAUUUAUGUGCUGCUUUUACCUUUCAUUCCAAACACAAAUCACCUGCUUCAAUGGCUGUUGAAAAUUUUGAAAUACAUUCGGAAGGGAUCAAAAGAAAUUUUGAUUUCUCUUUAACGUAAUCGAA